AUGAGUGCUUGUGCUGCAAACGAACGAUUUCAUACAGUCGUCAUUCGUGGUGAUCUUCCAACAAUUGAGAAGCAAUAUAGCGCUGACAUACCCACGGACUUACCUCCAGCAGAUCAUUGGAUUCGUGGAGUCAUCGAUUAUCUUGCCAGUGAUAGAUGGGAUAGGAAUAAUUUUGAGAAUGAUCAAUUCAAGGUGCAACAUACAAUUUCAAAUGGACCGUACACAUCACCUGCUUAUGGUGGUCAUGCAAUAUUUCGUGCAUAUCUCAGUGCCUAUAAUUCACAUGAAGAUAUUGUUCUUUCACCGGAUGAUCUGUGGUUGAUGAUAACGAUUUAUUUUGCAAAAUAUGCCAAUGACAAUGCUGAGAAACUGCGACAUCUCUUGGUCAAUCAUGAUGGAAAGAUCAAAUUGACCAUCGAACAAGUACAACCGGAUCCUGAGAGCUGGACACAACUUACUGGCUGGUUUCUUCAACUCUGCUAUGAACUUCAUACGAAAACAUCGUGCAACAUCAGAGAGAUUACAUUACAUUCAGUUGUCGCUCCGGUAGAAUUCGAAAGUGAAUAUACAGAUGAGAAAAAGACAUGUUAUGUGGUAGGUGGAUUUCAUGGUGUUGAAAGUCGAGAUGAAUGGCAUAAGCCUGUUAUGUCUUUGGCUGUCAUUGAUGAUCUGUCGACAAUCACGAAACGUAAAUAA